GCUUUCAUCAGCAAUACACUGAACAAGCUGCUUUCCCUCUGUGCCUGACGGUGUGAGACUUGUUUCACUGUCCUCUCUUGUGUGACUGCCUUUUGCUUCCUCCUGUUUUCACUGCAGGGGGUUCAGGCUUCAGCUGUUUUCUGUCUCAGGCUGAUUUUUCUCUGGGUAGCAUUUCAACCAACUUAGAAAGAUAAGAUCCUCUCUGCGUGAAUGCCAUGGGAGUAUUCUGGUGAUCAGUCAUGUCAGGUACGCAGUGUGUAUCACAGUCCUUUAAAAAAUCUUCCCAAAUACAUUGAUGUGUGCCUUUCAAAACUACAACUUGCACAUAGUCUGUAAAGAUCUGCAACAGCUCACAGAAUCAAGCCCUAUGUUUUCAGUUCAGUGAGCACCUUGUGACUGCAUGCCUGUCUUCCUGUAGGACAGCUUUUGAGAUGAACUGGGAAACGUGGAUCUUGUUUAGUGACUGCAGAGGUUUCAGGCCAGGGCUGGUGUGUUUUCCUAAAAAUGGACACUUUCAACUGCUUUUUAACUAGAGGUGUGGGAUUUGAAGUUGAUGAAGGAAGUCUUUCUCUCACAGGUUCUUGCAGACAAGUUCCUGGCAGAAGGUUGAGGUAGUUUAGGGGGAGAAGCUGGUGUGAUUUGGAGUGAAAGAAGGGUAAAGACAUUUGCUGGAAGCUGGGAAGAGACCAUCAUAUAAGCCAGUUAGCAGAAAGGAGAGGGAGCAGAGUGAAUAAAGGAGCUGAGGUAAGGGAAGAGACUUCAGUUUGAUGAAAGCACACUGGCUUCCAAAGAAACAAAAAAGCCGUGAAUGAAUAAAAACAUGAUAGGAAGUGAGAUUUCCAUGGUGAGUGAUGUACCAACAGCGUGCUGAUGUUGUUCUAGAAGUAUGCAGUACCAAAAUGAUUGGAUAACCAGAGACUCAAAGCAGUGUCUCUUGGAAGUGCUCUAGAUGCAGAAGUUACCUGAUCCAGCACCUGCAUGGACGGAGCAGUCCAUAACCUUUCUUGUCAAUCUGCCCCAGUGGUUGGCUAUUCUAGUUGAGCAAAGAAACUGAAAGUAGUGAUGUUGUGUCAGCAAUACAACAGAUUCUCUGAGGUAUCCCAAUCCAUUUCUCUACAGUGUUACCCAGCUUUUCAUUUCUCUUUAUUCCCUCCCCAUGCUCUCCUCAGGCCUCUUAGUGCUGUCCACUUAGCUUGUCUUCCCUGCUAGGGAGUGAGAAGGGACCUCUAGAGAGAGCAGUGUGUCCUUUAGCUUGAGUAUAUUCCUCCCUGCACAGAUUUUGGGUUAUUUUGGUGACAAGGGUGGGACGAAGAAAAGUGUGCUGGAAAUUUGGCACUGUGACAGGGCCACCUGAAGAAGAAAACUGGUACUUUGAGGAGAAGGGGUGGAGUUGAGGUAAGUUAGUGGGAGAGCGGAGGGUUGGGAGGAGGAUCGAUUGCAAGGGGCAUUUUGAAAGGGGUCAGAAUUGAGGAAAAGCAGCAACAUGGUUAUCUGCAUUAAAUCUAUUUUUUUUCUUACCAAAUAGCCAUUGAGCUUUCAAGCAAUGUGUUCUGCUAAGGCUCUUGUGUGGCUUUGCUUCCUCUGUGCUUCCCAAGAUUUAAGAGAGCAGCAUGAAUUCUGGAGGGAGAUCCUGUUUCUAUUUUGAAGGCGGAUUGUAUGCUAAGGAAAAGAUGCUAUGCUAGGAGGGGGAAUUCUCAAUAGAAAAACCCAAAUGAUAGGCCUUCAAAGUCCAGUCCCUGCUAGAAUGAUUUCAGAACACCAUCACAAAGAGGCUCUGUAGCCUUUCUUCUCUAUUGUUUGAAGCAAUCCGGAUGAUUUGCAGCCUACUUCCACAAGGUGUCCUGAAAACUGAGUGAACGGGAAGCGCUGUCAAUACAGAACACUGUGUUAGCAGUUAAGAGGUGUGUGAUCCUGAACUUCUUGCUGGCACUGGAGUUGCUGAUAGACUGAAAGCCCUGCUGUUGUUAUGGGUGACCAUGAGUGAAUCGUCAGCUUCAUUUUAAUUUUGGGGACAAAAAGGCAGACAAUGUUACUAGCUCAGAUAAACCGAGACUCUCAGGGAAUGACUGAAUUUUCUGGAGGAGGAAUGGAGGCCCAGCAUGUGACUCUGUGUCUGACAGAAGCUGUAGCCGUGCAAGAUGGUGACAACUUAGAAAACAUGGAAGGUGUAAGUUUGCAAGCAGUUACCCUGGCUGAUGGCUCCACUGCAUACAUACAGCACAAUUCUAAAGAUGGUAAAUUAAUGGAUGGCCAAGUGAUUCAACUAGAAGAUGGUUCUGCAGCCUAUGUUCAACAUGUACCCAUGACUAAAAGUAGGGACAGCUUGCGUUUGGAAGAUGGACAAGCAGUUCAGCUGGAGGAUGGAACUACAGCAUUCAUUCAUCACACCUCCAAAGACAGUUAUGAUCAGAGUGCAUUACAAGCAGUCCAGCUGGAGGAUGGCACUACUGCCUACAUUCACCACGCAGUGCAGAUGCCACAGUCAGAUACCAUUUUAGCCAUUCAAGCUGAUGGCACAGUGGCUGGUCUUCACACGGGAGAUGCUGCCAUUGACCCAGAUACCAUCACUGCUUUGGAGCAAUAUGCAGCUAAGGUGUCUAUUGAUGGAAAUGACAGUGUUAGUAGCACGGGAAUGAUAGGCGAAAAUGAACAAGAAAAAAAAAUGCAGAUUGUCUUGCAGGGACAUGGAACAAGAGUGGCUGCAAAGUCUCAGCAGAGUGGAGAGAAAGCAUUUCGCUGUGAUUAUGAUGGCUGUGGAAAACUGUACACAACAGCUCACCAUCUUAAGGUACACGAAAGGUCACACACAGGAGACAGACCAUAUCAGUGUGAACAUCCUGGAUGUGGUAAAGCUUUUGCAACAGGGUAUGGAUUAAAAAGUCAUAUCCGAACACACACUGGUGAAAAGCCGUAUCGGUGCACAGAAGAAAACUGCACCAAGUCAUUCAAGACUUCAGGAGACCUACAGAAACACAUCCGAACCCACACAGGCGAAAGGCCCUUUAAGUGUCCUUUUGAAGGCUGUGGCAGGUCGUUCACAACAUCUAAUAUUAGAAAGGUUCACAUCAGGACACAUACAGGUGAAAGACCUUAUUACUGCACAGAACCAGGAUGUGGGAGAGCUUUUGCCAGUGCAACUAAUUAUAAGAAUCAUGUGAGAAUACACACAGGGGAGAAGCCCUAUGUCUGUACAGUUCCUGGUUGUGAUAAACGUUUUACAGAGUAUUCCAGUUUAUACAAACAUCAUGUUGUACAUACUCAUUCCAAACCAUACAAUUGCAAUCACUGUGGAAAGACAUACAAGCAGAUUUCUACACUUGCUAUGCACAAGCGGACAGCACAUAAUGACACAGAGCCCAUUGAAGAGGAACAAGAGGCUUUUUUUGAGCCACCUCCAGGUCAAGGGGAAGAUGUCCUGAAAGGCUCGCAAAUAGCCUAUGUGACAGGUGUAGAGGGAGAGGACGUCAUUUCUGCACAAGUUGCUACAGUUACUCAGUCAGGGUUAGGUCAACAAGUAGCGCUAAUUGCCCAGGAUGGAACCCAACACGUCAACAUAUCUCAGGCAGAUAUGCAGGCCAUUGGAAAUACAAUCACUAUGGUAACACAAGAUGGCACCACUAUCACAGUCCCUGCCCACGACGCCGUCAUCUCUUCUGCAGGAACACAUUCUGUAGCAAUGGUUACUGCAGAAGGCACCGAAGGACAGCAGGUUGCCAUCGUGGCUCAAGACUUAGCAGCGUUUCAUAGCACCUCAUCAGAAAUUGGACAUCAACAACAUGGGCACCAUUUAGUGACCACAGAAGCUCGGCCUGUUACAUUGUUGGCUACGUCCAACGGAACACAAAUUGCAGUACAGCUUGGAGAACAACAGUCUCUGGAAGAAGCCAUUAGAAUAGCCUCCAGAAUACAACAGGGUGAAACACCAGGAAUUGAUGAUUAACUUCUAAAACUGCUACCAGAACAAUAGAGUGAAAGGUAUUUUAUUUUCAAACAACAAAAGUCCAUGCCAGCAGCAAUCCACAAAAACUUUGAAGUUCCCCUCUCAUCGAUACUGUGUACACAUUUUAUGCAAGAGCAAAGAACGUUUUCUAAGCGUUGUGUACAUAACCCUGGGAAUGGACUGACAUCAUCUACUUCCAACUGUUGUAUAUUCAGGAAUAUGGAAUUAGGAUUAUCUAGUAAAUUUCCUUGUUAUCCUUUCAUCAGAUUUCAGACUGGUCUACAAGCAAGUUAAAAACAAAACAGAAGUACUGGAGUUAAUUUUUAGUGUCAUGUACAAUAACAAAGGCAUUACUGAAUAUUUGAAGUGUUGUAAAGACUAUAACAAAAUCACAAUUUCAAGAGCCCUUACAAGUUAUAAAGAAGACAGAGCCUGUUCAGUUGUUUUCCAUAAAUGGAAAAGACGUGGAUUUUGAGCCUACUGUAAACCUUCACACUUUGAUUCGUUUCAUACAGAUUUGAAUACUCUUUAGAUUACCCACCCCAUCUCAUUCAUUGUAAAUACAGAUUGUUAAUGCUGGAAGUGCUAAUUGUAUUAUCUUUAAAUUGGAUUGUGUACAAAGGAGAAACUUUGGUUGUUCAAUAUUAAAAUAAGUAAAUCUAA